AGUGGUCCGAUGUUUCACAUGAUGUAAGGACAGUAGUUCCGGUACUGUAGCUAAGGAAGUUUAGUCCUGAGGAAACGAUAAAGAGAUUGAAAAUGACGUUUACAACAGCCUUCCUGCUGCUCCUGGCUGUGGUGUCUGUAGUACAAGCAGGGCCCUACAAGGACUGUGGUUCAAAAACUGGUGUUAUCAGUGAUGUGGAAAUCAGCUCCUGCACCAGUUUUCCCUGUGUACUUCGUAAAGGAGAGACAUAUGCAAUCAAUGUGACAUUUUCAAGCAAAGUUGAAAGCCAGAAAUGUAAUGCUAUCGUCCAUGGGAUUAUUGGCGGUCUUCCUAUUCCAUUUCCUAUUCCAGAGCCUGAUGGCUGCAAGUCAGGGAUCAGUUGUCCUGUAAAGUCUGGGAAUAACUAUAACUAUCUGACCAAAAUGGUAGUGAAGUCUGAAUAUCCCAGCCUCAAAUUGGUCGUGAAAUGGGAACUGAAAUCUGAUGAUUCUGAAGACUUAUUCUGCUGGGAAGUUGGUGCAGAGAUAGUUGGCUGAUGUGCAGUUGUUUUAACCUUGAAUAUGGUAUUUGUCAUUUUUGUUGACUGAAGAAGUGCUGCCUUCUGUAACUCUUGAAUCAUAAAAGUCUUUUUUGUAGUUGUCAUAUAUCCUGUUUUGACAUUGGCACCUUGAUUGUAAAAUAAAAAAAAAAAAAAAAUUAUCCCUUUUAAUUAGUGUAAAAUUUAAUACACCAUUUAGUUUUGAAAUUGUAUGUCAUAGUUUAUAACGGACCACAAAUUUUUGUUUACUUUUUGUAUUAUUUGGCAUUUUUGUGGGCACUUCACAUACUGGUAUGGCACUUUCCCCCUUAAGUCUUAUAGCACAGAAUUAAUGAGACAGUUUGUUGUCCUGACCAAUUCCUCUUUUCCUGUAGCAAGGACAGGACUCAGUUACGUGUUCAUUUUACUUCUCUGAUGUGGUUUGCACUCAGGAUUGCUAUACUACCAGAAAGACAAAAGCCCUGUUUUCUUCCUCAGUUACUAUUUAUGUGGUCAUUUACUUCCAUUAGCUUUGUGAGUUAUGGGGAGGAAUUCCUGAAGUAACCCCUGCCACUGGCUACUAUGUAGCCGAACCACACUGCUGUUGAAAUAAAAUAGUAAAAGGAAAACAAGCCAAGAUGCAUUUUUUUCAUUUUUCAGAGGCAGCAGAAAACAAUUUAUAUUGCCUGUAUGACAAGUGACAAAGUAAAACAGUUUUACAUUUUGUAAAGGUUGAUUAAACUUUCUUAGUGCCUGUCAUCAAACUUAACUUUUGGAAGCCUUACAUGUAACAAAUAAUUUUAAAUAAGCAUUUACAAUUUUCUUUUAAUAAACUGUUUAAAACAUCA